AUGUGGUGUUUUAGUUGGAGUUGUCACUCUAAAGGAGGUCAGUACGCACUUUCAUCACAAGUAGUAUUUAGUGGAAAAUAUUGGUAUUAUUUAUUCGUAAUUUGA